ACUUGCUUCUCAACAACCGAAUGUUCGUUGGCCUUUCCGAGCUGUCGUAGCCGCCUUCUCGAUGGAUCAAGCAAACCUGUGGACCCGGAGAUCAAACGCAAGCAAAUUGUCUCUGUCCACGGCCAGUGACAAGGAAGGUAGCUCCAGACCAGAGCUUCCUCGUACUCAUUCAUCGAAGCGCUUCGGACCCGACAGCUCGCACGGACGAUCUAAUCCUUUCAACGCCAUAUCACCCCUCUCCGGAGGUGUCUCUUCGCCUUCCGCUGGUGCGUCGAACGCCUUUGGGCUUGGUUCCGGCGCAUUCGCAUCUUUUGGCUCGUCCACAAAGACUCCCAAGACUCCCGGGAGCACUUUCGAUCUCAGUUCGACGACAAAAGACAAACGCGAUACGAGCGAAGAUACGUCAUCUGCGGCGGGAAAUAUAAAAUCAAAGACCUCCUCCUCCUCACUCGACACCACAUCUACAACGGCUAUCAAAGAACAUCCACUGAAAUCAACUUGGAUUGUUUGGUACCGCCCUCCCACUCCGAAAUACUCCGAUUACGAGAAAUCGACAGUUGCUCUCGCAUCCAUAUCAUCCGUGGAGAGCUUCUGGACAAUCUACUCCCACCUGAAGCGCCCCUCACUUCUUCCCACUGUUUCGGACUAUCACAUCUUCAAGAAGGGCAUCCGUCCGGUGUGGGAAGACGAGGCCAACAAGCGUGGUGGAAAGUGGAUUAUCCGCCUAAAGAAGGGUGUGGCGGACCGCUACUGGGAAGAUCUCCUGUUAGCCAUAGUCGGCGACCAAUUCGCAGAGGCAGGAGACGAGGUCUGCGGUACGGUCUUGAGUGUCCGGAGCGGCGAGGAUGUGCUCAGUGUAUGGACCAGGAUCGACGGAGGCCGAAAUAUUAAAAUAAGAGAAACAAUAAAACGUGUACUAGCUCUACCAGCAGACACUAACAUAGUCUGGAAGAGUCACGAUGAUAGUAUCGCCCAGAGGUCAGCCAUCGACCAAGCUCGACAAGAGAAGGCCGCGGCAAACUCCGGCCAUCAUCACCAUGGCUACCACCACGGAGCCAACGAGCGCCGAAGGGGAGGUAACAAUGAUGAAUCCUUCGGAGAUAGGAGCAAAGGAAUGGCGUCUUGAUUUUUUUUGGUCAUAAGGCGGUAAUCUGUUCUUGAUGCAGCCACUUGUAUAGUAAAAUUUCUUGACACAAUUGUCUUUGAUGUUUCCUGCGGGGGUUUUUGGUCAUUGCUGCAUUUCUUGUUUCUGUUUUUUAUCUUUAUUCGGUUUUGAUUGGAUUGGAGCCAUGAUCGUAUGACAAUGAGUGGGAAGGGAAUAUCCGGAAAUACAAAAUGUUCAGAGCUAUUAUGGAGUGAUGUCUUGGGCUUUUUCUUUUCCUUUUCUUGUCUCUUCUUCCUUUGGACUCACUGACUCAUGUUGCUUUUGGAGAGAUUUUACUCAUAUGGUGUGUGUGCAUUAUGAAAGGCUUACUCUUGAUGUUGAUGAUCGGUGGAAUUGUAACAGUAUGAUGAUUG